CCUCGUGUAAAACUUGUUAUUUUGUAGUUUUAUACAGUAUAGGCGACAUAUAUAAACCCUCGGUUACAAUUGUAUAUUUUUUUAAAUAUAAUGAACGGAAGGUACGCGGACCUUCUCCGUACCAGUAGGGGCGACAAACUUGGUUCAAAAAAAGAAAAAACCCUGAAGGAGAGAGUUACCAAAUAUGGUCAUAAACACCGGCUGCUAAGCUAGUCUGAAAAGAUCUCUGGGAAAAUGUCUGGGUCCUCCAUGCACCUUCCUCCUCCUCCUCCUCCUCCUCCUCCUCCUCCUGCUUCCCCUGCACCUCCAUGGUCAACAGACAACAACAGCAAGAAGAAGAAGCUGUAUCAAACUAUAGGACUCAGCAGAAGUCCAAUUGUGGGCGAUAACACCGAACCUCUUAUGCUUAUUCGUCAACGGGAGAACAGUUUCAGCGCAGACCUCCACUGGAUACUAAUGAACACAUAUGUACCUUCUCUCAUCCAAGAUGGUCCACAGUGCGGCCUGGUGGCUUUGUGUACGGCUGCUCACCUCCUACAGCACGGCGCUGUUGACUUGGACGCCGUUGUUCAGACUGCACGCAGCCGAGGCUUUACAGUACAGGGGGAAAUGUUCUCAGCUUGCAACAUGGCGCUGCUGGCCGAGGAAGUGUACGGAUGUAAAGCAGAGCUGCUGUCAGGGGGAUUGAGUGGCAAUGCUUCAAGGAUUAUAGCACACUUGUGGGCCAGACAGCCGGUUCUCAUCCCAUAUGAUGAAGACUACAACCAUGAGCCAUGCCAGCGUGGUGGCCACAGGGCGCACUGGGCCGUGGCUUCAGGUGUUCUCCUCGGUGUGGAACCGGGCAGCGUAAGCUCAGAACAGACUCAGCCCGACCCCACCCUGCCGUGGAUUCACCUCCACGGAGACUCCUCUUCCUCCUGCUGUCCCGCCGUGGGCAGCUGGAGCCUCAGGGACGUCUACAUCCUGGCCAAGCAGGGUAAGAGUCUACGCUACCAGCUGUGGGGUUGGGACAGCGUCGCCCAUAGCAACGAGCAGCUGAAGGCAAUGGACCCUCAGAGGUCCAGCGAUGGGACCACAUACGUGGUUCCGGAAGGAGGAGUGGAGGCCGGGCUGGCUGGGCAGGCUGUGUUACUGCACACAAGGACCCCGUCAGAAGAAGCCCAGAGAACAAUAUAAGACAUGUUUGUUUUUAUUCAAAUAGCAAGACAUUUUAACGUCAGUAUUUUUACACAUUACUUGACCAUCCUAA